CGCUCCCCCAACUAACCGAAGGUUCACCUCCUCUCUCCUCUCUCUUCAUCCUCCUUCCCUCUUGCCUAUAUUCGCAGGUAGUUGAUUCUUCAUCGGCUACUUUGCGUCUGUUACAUCUGCUGUUUCCCACCGCAAGGUACCUUCUUAUCGUCAUCACGUCCUUCCAUCCCAAACUGCCCUUUUUCACAUCUCAUUUGGAAUCAAAGUGAUCCAAAAUGAGAGUAUUGCCAGCUACUUUGCUGGUCGGGGCUGCCUCCGCGGCCCUUCCACCUCUCCAGCAGGUGUUGGGUCAGCCUGAGGACAGCAUGGGGAGCUUCGCCAAGCCACUCCAUGCCUUCCAGGAGCAGCUGAAGACCCUUUCAGAUGAUGCUCGUAAGCUCUGGGAAGAAGUCUCCAACUACUUCCCAGAUAGCAUGGACCAUAACCCAGUCUUCUCUCUUCCCAAGAAGCAUACUCGUCGUCCUGAUUCUCAUUGGGACCACAUUGUCCGUGGCUCGGAUGUCCAGAAGAUCUGGGUGAACAAUGCCAACGGCGAAUCAGAGAGGGAGAUCGACGGAAAGCUAGAGGCUUACGAUCUCAGAGUCAAGAAAUCUGAUCCAAAGGCUCUCGGGAUUGACCCCGGUGUGAAGCAGUACACCGGCUAUCUCGAUGAUAAUGAGAAUGACAAGCAUUUGUUCUAUUGUGAGUUCUCUUGACCGCCAUUUGAUUCUUGUUCCUGAUACUAAUCUCGCAAAAGGGUUCUUUGAAUCCCGCAAUGACCCGAAGAACGACCCUGUCGUUCUCUGGCUGAACGGUGGCCCCGGCUGCUCUUCCCUCACCGGCUUGUUCAUGGAGCUUGGACCUAGCAGCAUCGAUGAGAACAUUAAGCCCAUCUACAACGAUUACUCUUGGAACUCCAAUGCCUCCGUGAUCUUCCUUGAUCAGCCCGUCAAUGUCGGUUACUCCUACAGUGGCUCCGCUGUUAGUGACACCGUUGCUGCUGGCAAGGACGUCUACGCUCUGCUCUCCCUCUUCUUCAAACAAUUCCCCGAGUAUGCGAAGCAGGACUUCCAUAUUGCUGGCGAGUCAUAUGCCGGACAUUAUAUCCCUGUCUUUGCAUCUGAGAUAUUGUCCCACAAGAACCGCAACAUAAACCUCAAGUCUGUCCUCAUUGGCAAUGGUCUCACUGACGGCCUCACUCAGUAUGAGUACUACCGCCCGAUGGGUUGUGGUAAAGGUGGCUACCCGGCUGUCUUGGACGAAAGCACCUGCCAGUCCAUGGACAAUGCCUUACCCCGUUGCCAGUCCAUGAUCAAGGCUUGCUACGACUCAGAAAGCGCCUGGGUCUGCGUCCCUGCCUCGAUCUACUGCAACAAUGCUCUUAUCGGACCUUACCAGCGCACUGGACAGAAUGUCUAUGAUGUCCGCAGCAAGUGUGAGGAUGAGAGCAACCUGUGCUACAAGGGCAUGGGCUAUGUGAGCGAGUAUCUCAACAAGGCUGAAGUUCGCCAGGCGCUGGGUGCCGAAGUUGAUGGCUAUGACUCGUGCAACUUUGAUAUCAACCGCAACUUCCUCUUCCACGGUGACUGGAUGAAGCCCUACCACCGUCUGGUUCCUGGCCUUCUUGAGCAGAUCCCCGUUCUGAUCUAUGCCGGUGAUGCCGACUACAUCUGCAACUGGCUGGGUAACAAGGCCUGGACUGAGGCUCUUGAAUGGCCUGGCCAGGAGAAGUAUGCUUCUCUCGAGUUGGAGGACCUGAAGAUUGAGCAGAACGAACACACAGGCAAGAAGAUUGGCCAGAUCAAAUCUCACGGGAACUUCACGUUCAUGCGUCUCUAUGGCGGUGGCCACAUGGUUCCGAUGGACCAGCCCGAGGCUAGUCUGGAGUUCUUCAACCGCUGGUUGGGUGGUGAAUGGUUUUGAAUCGGCCAUUCUGGUCUAGAAUAAGACAUGUCUAGACCUGUUCAAGGAUAUGGCGCUAGUCGCAAGGCUAAUUCACGGAAUAUUUUGAAAGCGUAACGUUUUGAGAUGCUUGUGUACUUUUGAUGUUUGUACAUCAAUUUUCAUAAAUGUACCGCGCUAUAUAUAUAGCCGCAUAUACAUAUAGUGUGAGCGUACGAUUACUAGAACUCCAGUCCUUUUCAUAGAAUUUUUGCAUAUCCUUUGAAUUGCUACAUUGUAGCAUAAUAAAAUGGGUGACUAUACUUCUAAACUAGGAAUACUUUGUUGGUUGGUUGGUGGGUGUCUCUAACUAGUAGAUUGGGGAGUUGUACGAAAGAUACGGUUAAGAGCCUUAGCAGUAUUCUCACCCACCACCUGUA